AUGUGGUCGAUACACGCUCACAUCAUAAUAACAUACUGUAAGUCUAUCUAUCUAUCUAUCUAUCUAUCUAUCUAUCUAUCUAUCUAUCUAUCUAUAACUGUUUAUUCAUAUCUAUCUUAUUUGUCUGUCUGUCUGUCUGUCUGUCUAUCUAUCUAUCUACCUAUCACUGUUUAUUCAUAUCUAUCGCAGUCUAUUCAUAUCUAUAACAGUCCGGUUAUAUAUGUCAAUCUAUCUAUCUAUCUAUCUAUCUAUCUAUCUAUCUAUCUCAGUUUGGUUAAAUAUGUCUAUCUAUCUAUUUAUCUAUCUAACUAUCUAUCUAUGACUUCUUUGUCUAUUUCUUCCUUUUUGUCUUUUUCUUCCUCUUUUUUUUCUUCCUCUUCUUUUUUCGUCUUUUUUCUUCGUCUUUGUCUUUUCCUUCCUCUUUUUCUUUUCUUUCUCUUUAUCCUCUUCUUCCUCUUUUCUUUUUCUUCCUCUUUUUCUUUUACUCCCUCUUUGUAUGAGGUAUUAUGUUCACUAUUUAUAUUAUUCGGUCUAUUGUCCUCAUCUUUGUUGCCAUAUCUUUUUUCUUCGUCUUUUUCUUUGAUUUCCUUUUUGUCUUUUUCUUCCUGUUUUUUCUUCCUCUUUUACUUUUUCUUGCUCUUUGUCGUUUUCUUCAUGUCUUUCUUUUUCUUCCGUCUUUUCAUAUUUCUCCUCUUUUUCUUUUUCUCCCUUUUUGUCUUUUUCUUCAUCUUUUUUCUUUUUCUUCCUCUUUGUCUUUUUCUUCAUAUUUUUCUACUUCUUCCUCGUUGUCUUUUUACCUUUCUUCUAUUCCUUCUUUUCCUGUCUGUCUCUUCACUUUCUCGUCUUUUCUUUCUCUUACUAAUCAAGCCUAUUAGUUCUUCUUUUUUUUAA